CUCAGCUCAUAACGAGUUGUUUGAAAAUAUGGCUAAAGGAUCAUUUGUUUUGUUCGCAACCCUGCUCCUUUUUGUUCUUGCCAUCUCAGAAAUAGAGGCCAACAGGGCUCCAACGAUACCGCCUAGUGGCGGCGCACCGCCUCCUACACCUAUCGGCCGCUCCCCGCCUCGUCCUCGCGGUGUACCUCCUCUACCCGUCAACCGCUCCCCGCCUCGUCCUCGCGGUGCACCACCUCGUCUACCCAUCAACCUCUCCCCGCUUCCUGAACCUGUGAGAGAUGGACAAUAUGAGCCAGAUUCUCCAUCGACCGGCCUCUCCCCGCUUCCUGAACCGGUGAGAGGUGGACAAUAUGAGCCAGAUUCUCCAUCCACCGGCCUCUCCCCGCUUCCUGAACCCGUGAGAGAUGCACAAUAUGAGACAGAUUCUCCAUCCACCGGCCUCUCCCCUCUUUCUGAACCCGUGAGAGAUGGACAAUAUGAGACAGAUUCUCCAUCCACCGGCCUCUCUCCGCUUCCUGAACCCGUGAGAGAUGGACAAUAUGAGACAGAUUCUCCAUCCACCGGCCUCUCCCCGCUCCCUGAACCCGUGAGAGAUGGACAAUAUGAGCCAGAUUCUCCAUCCACCGGCCUCUCCCCGCUCCCGCUCCCUGAACCCGUGAGAGAUGGACACUAUGAGACAGAUUCUCCAUCCACCGGCCUCCCCCCACUUCCUGAACCCGUGAGAGAUGAACACUAUGAGCCAGAUUCUCCAUCCACCGGCCUCUCCCCGCUCCCUGAACCCGUGAGAGAUGGACACUAUGAGACAGAUUCUCCAUCCACCGGCCUCUCCCCACUUCCUGAACCCGUGAGAGAUGGACACUAUGAGACAGAUUCUCCAUCCACCGGCCUCUCCCCGCUUCCUGAACCCGUGAGAGAUGGACAGUAUGAGCCAGAUUCUCCAUCCACCGACCUCUCCCCGCUUCCUGAACCCGUGAGAGAUGGACAGUAUGAGGCAGAUUCUCCCUCCACCGGCCUCUCCCCGUCCCUUCCACCCUCCGGCAGCCGCUUUCUGCUUCUUCCACCCUUUCCACGCCCUCCACCCUUCGGCGGCUUCCCACGUCCUCCUGCAGCUCACUAGGGACGGGGCCAAAGCGAAGAAGCUGUGAUCACAUCUUGGUUACUUGAAACAUCAUAUAUGUUUGAAUAGCAAGCAUUGUAUGAUGAUUACAUAUGAAUAAAAAGAAAAUGUGUCGUACUUAACAUUUUCCAAAAGUGUAGUAAUUGUUGCAUGCGUAAUCAGUAGCUUAUGAUUCCAUGAAUAAUAAACUUCCUUUUGAUAUGCA